AUGUAUAAAGGUUGGCCUUUUAGUGGUUGGGGUUUGAGUAUUAAUGUUCCUGCGACAAUCCAAAAGAGGCUGCUUAAGUUUUUACUCAAGCGUGCCUUAGGUCAAUUCUUGGCUGAGGAACUUGAUCUCGACAAUCUUGAGGUUCAAUUGGGCAAAGGACUAGUUCAUUUGAAGGAGUUGCAACUUAAUGUGGAGGUAUUAAAUGAUCUGGUCGCUGAUUUGCCGAUUGUGAUCACUGACGGUCGGAUAGGCAGAAUCGUUGCCAAUAUUCCGUGGAAGAACAUAUGGAAUUGUGAUUGCGUUCUGGAGUUUCAUAAUUUGAAAAUAACUGCUGUACCCGAAUAUACUAAACCCAGAAAUGCUAGGGUCACCCCAGAGGACUCGCAUAUAUUAUCUUCAUCUAUCCAUUUUGCAGGAGAUUUUCUCCGUCACGAGAUGCCACCCGAGGAAGACGAAGUACUUCGUAAUUCGAUUUAUCAUUCUUUUACUGUACCCCAAUCAGAUAAUAAUGAACCGGAGUCUGGAUUGGAACAAUCUGAAGUCUUUCCGCAGCAAGCCCCUUUGCAAGGAGACACUGGUAUCGAGAGUAUACAGGUUUUGGCGAGAUUGAUCGAUAAGCUCAUGUCGAAUAUAAAGAUUUUGUUUAAGGAUACAUGUAUUCGACUGCAGCAUCAUUCCAGUGUCAGUUUCGAUGAUAAUAUCAAGAAUGAUGCUGGAAACCUCAAAGAGUAUUACUUUGAUCUUGAAAUACCAAUAAUCUCUUUUCAAGACGAGACCCAGGAGUCUGAUGAUGAGUCUACCCCAACGAAUUCUGCUUCCGAAAGUGUGAAAUUAAGUCCCGCACAAUCCGAAACUGUAAAGUCAGUAACGAUGUCUGGGCUGAGUGUUUGGAUAAGGGAGGCGCUGAGUUCCAUGGAUAUGUCGAACUCCUAUGAAUCCUCACCAAAAACUGAGGAAUAUACGGAAAUUCCAGAUAUAAGAGGAAGGUUAUAUUAG